AUGACUGCUGUGUAUGUGAAUGGAGGCGGCCUGGUGAACCCCCACUGUGACAGGUGGGGUCGGCGGGAGAGUGAGGAGAGUGGCUGUCAGACGGAGUGCGCCAAGGAGGACGAGGAGGGAGAGCCUCGCCAGCUGACACCUUUUGAGAAGCUGACCCAGGACAUGUCCCAGGAUGAGAAGGUGGUGAGGGAGAUCACUCUGGGCAAGCGGAUCGGCUUCUAUCGCAUCCGAGGGGAGAUCGGAAGUGGGAACUUCUCCCAAGUCAAGCUGGGGAUUCACUCCCUAACCAAAGAAAAAGUGGCCAUUAAGAUCCUGGAUAAGACCAAGUUAGACCAGAAAACCCAAAGGCUGCUAUCCCGUGAAAUCUCCAGCAUGGAAAAACUGCACCAUCCCAACAUCAUCCGCCUUUAUGAGGUCGUGGAGACUCUAUCCAAGCUCCACCUGGUGAUGGAGUAUGCAGGGGGAGGGGAGCUCUUUGGGAAGAUCAGCACAGAAGGGAAGUUCUCAGAACCAGAAAGCAAGCUCAUCUUCUCCCAGAUUGUGUCUGCCGUGAAGCACAUGCAUGAAAACCAAAUUAUUCACAGAGAUCUGAAAGCAGAAAAUGUGUUCUAUACCAAUAAUACUUGUGUGAAGGUGGGCGACUUUGGAUUCAGUACAGUCAGUAAAAAAGGUGAAAUGCUGAACACUUUCUGUGGGUCUCCACCCUACGCGGCGCCUGAACUUUUCCGAGAUGAGCACUACGUCGGCGUUUAUGUGGACAUCUGGGCCUUGGGGGUGCUUCUCUACUUCAUGGUGACUGGUACCAUGCCAUUUCGGGCAGAGACCGUGGCCAAACUGAAGAAGAGCAUCCUGGAAGGCACCUACAGCGUGCCUCCACAUGUGUCAGAGCCCUGCCUCCGCCUCAUCCGGGGAGUCCUCCAGCCAGUACCCACAGAGAGGUACGGAAUCGACUCCAUCAUGAACAAUGAGUGGAUGCAAGGGGUGCCGUACCCCACCCCUUUGGAGCCUUUCCAGCUAGAUCCCAAACAUUUAUCAGAGACCAGCAGCCUCAAAGAAGAAGAAAAUGAGGUCAAAAGCACUUUAGAACACUUGGGCAUUACGGAAGAGCACAUUCGCAAUAACCAAGGGAGAGAUGCCCGAAGCUCCAUCACAGGGGUCUAUCGAAUUAUUUUGCAUAGAGUCCAAAAGAAAAAGGCUUUGGAAAGUGUUCCAAUAAUGAUACUACCAGACCCUAAAGACAAGGACCUAAAGAAAGGAUCUCGUGUCUAUAGAGGCAUAAGACACACAUCCAAAUUUUGUUCAAUUUUAUAA